AUGAUACUUACAAAGAAAUUCUUCAAAUUAUUUGCUUCCAAUGUAAGUAAAAGCUACCAUGUAACCGUAGUGGGUGGUGCCAACGAGGUUGGCCAAACUAUAAGCCUUCUGUUGAGAACCCAACCUAACAUCAGAAAACUAGUGGUAUACGAUGAACUGCCCAAGACUUCUGGGAUUGCUUUAGAUCUAUCACAUGUCCCAGCCCGAUGCACCCUGCACAGUUACAUCGGCGAAGAAAAUCUGGAUAAAGCACUUAAAAACGCAGAUAUCGUAAUUGCAGCCGGUGGGGUUUCUCUGAACCCAGGCUUAACAGAAAGUGAGUGGUUCAACAAAAAUGCAAAUUUUAUAAAAAUGAUAUCUGAAAAAGUUUCCAAACAAAGUCCAUUGCCAUUUUUUGGGAUCGUCACUGAACCACUUAAUACUCUUGUCCCUAUGGCAUCUGAAAUAAUGAGAAACCACGGUGAUUAUAAUCCCAAGAAACUUUUUGGCAUUACAACUGUCGACGCAUUGCGUGCCCAAACGAUAUAUGCCGCCGAAAAUAAUUUAAAUCCGAUAGAUUGCGUUGUACCUGUCAUAUGUGGGCACUCGAAUAAAACGAUAGUACCGUUGACUUCUCAAGCGCAGCCAAAAUGUACAAUGGAAGAUAAGAAGAUACAUGAAUACGUCAAUAAGGUUCGUAAGGUAGAGAGUGCGAUCUCAAACACUAAACCAAAAUGGUCUCCUUCAUUAUCAGUAGCGUAUGGAGCGCUUGUAUUUACUAGAAACAUUUUGGAGGCAUUGGAUGGAAGACAAGCGACUGUCAACGCGUUAGUAGAAAAUAACGAUUUUGGGACAUCAUUCUUUGCUGGUUUAGUAGACGUUACUGAAAAUGGUUUUGGCGAGAUGAAAAGAUAUACUAAUAUCACAAACCAUGAGUGUCUAUUACUAGAAAGAAGCAUUGAACUAUUACGAAAGGAUGUAUCUAUGGGCAAAAAAAUAUUGGAAUUGGCAUGA